AUGUCGCUCGAGUUGACGCAGAUGAUGUCUAGCAAGGGCGGCGGGACCUCAGAGUCCGACGGCGACGCGGAAAACGCGGGUUCGAACGCCAACGCGAACGCGCCUGCUCCGCAUCCCUCGCAAUUCGCGCACAAUGCGCACGGCGACGCGCCGGCGUUGACGACGCCGACUUCGCCGACGCCGAAGCGCGCGCGGUCCGCGACCGCGCCGAACCCGACGCACGCGGGCGCGAAAAAUUUCAUCGCGCGGCUGCGAGAGUCCGAGAGCGAGGACGCGACGAGGGCGGCGGCGACGAACGCCGCGGGUGCCAAGGAGGUCUCGCCGCCUCCGUCGCGCGACGACGGCGCCGACGCGUUGACAAACGUCGGCGUGGAGCACGAGAACCGUCUGGACGCGUUCGAAGAAGACGCGAUUCACGCCCUGAGCGGGCUGUGUAACACGCAAGACGACGUCACGGAGAACGGCGUGGGCGGCGGCGGCGCGGGCGGCGGCGGCGGUGGCGGCGGAAGCAGAGCGAAGAACACCCCGGCGUCGCCGCAGUCGAAGCGUUCGAAGAAACCGAAUCCGUCGUCGACGCCGCGCGCGAAGAACGGCGCCGGCGCCGCCGCGAAAUCGGGCUCGGUAUCCGCCUCGGACGGCGGCGUCGGCGGCGGCGGUGCGGGCGCGCCCUUUCUGGGAGGGACCGGGCCGUCGAACUCGAGGAAAGCCGCGGACCAUCGACGCCUUCUGAAGAGCUACAUGAAGGCUCUGUUUCGUCACCUUAAGCUCCCCGCGGAUCUGAAACCAGCCGGGGACGCGAGCUACCGCGACCGCAUCAACGCCGCGCUGAUGUUCUGGUUCGGGGACACGUUCGCGCCCGGGAAGGCGACGAGGGAGUGCAACGCGCUGAAGGUCAUGGCGAGCAUCGUGUACCUCGCGACGAAAGGGAGGGUGAACGUCGACGCGGACGCCGUGUCGGGCGUGCUGAGGAAAGGCCUCAAUUCGAAAAACGCAAACUACACCGUGGACGAGCCGUCGUUGAAGCGUCUGAAGGUGACGACCGCGGAGCUCCGAGCGCUGUUCGAGGGUCCGAGCAGGGUGGACGAGCUCGGGUUCCCGUGCGGGCUUCCUCUGCGGCUGCCGGACGACGACGAGAAGCGACCGCGCGCGGCGACGACGAACGCGCGGCGGGCGGCGGCGGGUUCGGACGCGCCGGCGUCCGAAGCCGUCGUCGUCGUCCGAGGCGCGCGGUCGAAGCGCGAGCGCGGGAGCGUCGGCGGCAACGGCGUCGACGCGAACGGGGCAUGGAAACACGCUUCCAUCGCCGCCACGAACGGCACGUCGCUCGCGGCGCGCGAGGAGAAGGAGCCGCCUCUUUCGGCGGCGCCGACGACGAACGGAAAGACGCCGACUCUCGCGGCGAAGACGACGGCGGCCGAUUCCGCCGCCGACGCGCCCGCGGACGACGUGAACGCCGCCGACGACCUCGGGUCGCCGCUCUUCUCCCCGACGGGGACGGUCGCCGCCGCGUUCGCGGCCGCGGCGUUGGCGCCGAAGCGCGAGGACCGACGCGCGGAGACGCGGGCGUUCAUCGACGGCGCGAUGGCGAGCGUCCUCGCGGAGAUUUCCGCGCACGCGGUGGACGUGCAGCUGGAGAUGCUGAACAGCGCGCAGCGAGAGCUGAUGAAUUACGCGCAGAGGCUCGCGAAGGAGCAACAGGAGCUCGCGGCGAAGGAGAAGGAGAAGAGCGUCGCGGGAGGGGGGCCCGCGAAGAGGAAGAGAGGUGGAGGGGAGGGGGACGACGCGUGA